UACUUGAUUUUCACCUUCUGUUUCUUGCAUCUGAACUCCAACAAAGUGGUAUCAAAGCAAGUGUUCUUGAGGGACCUGUGAGAGAGUGAAACAUGUGUGUAUGUAAUGGAGUGUGCUAUUUAAUCAACUAUCACAACUAUGUCUUCUUCUUUAAGUCAGCAUGGUGGUUCCCAGUCAAACCCUCCUUUGUUUACAAGGAAGAAUUAUGAUGUUUGGGCCAUCAAUAUGAAGGUAUUUCUUAAGGGAAAUGAUGUGUGGGAUUCUGUGGAAAAGGGCUUUAAUCCACCUCGAUUGCCUCAGAAUCCAUCAGUAGCUCAAAUAAAGCAACAUGCAGAUGGCUGUACUUGUCAUAUGGCAAAUAAUGAAGCAAUUUUUCCUGAAUUGGACAAGUUAGUGAGAAUCAAAGUGAAGCUUGGAAAUGGCUCAAUAGUGCAAUCAAAAGGCAAAGGUAUUGUGGUUGUUCAGGCUAAGAAAGGUACAAAAUAUAUUCAUGAUGUUCUCUUUAUACCUUCAUUGAGUCAAAAUUUGUUAAGUGUUGCACAAAUGCUUAGGAAAGGCUAUUCAGUUUCAUUUGUCAACAAUGCAUGUCAUAUCUAUGAUUUUUGUGGUGUUGAACUUGCUAGAAUCAAAAUGGUAGAGAAUGGCUUUCCUAUUAUGUGGAAUUCUCCUUGCUUACAUGCUGUUUAUGUAUCAAAAUUUGAUGAAACUUCUUUAUGGCACAACAUAUAUGGUCACUUUAAUUUGAGGUCUCUUAAGUUCCUUCAAUCCAAUGAACUUGUUAGAGACUUACCAGAAAUUCAUGUGAAUGAUGUUGUGCAAGGCAAAACACCUAUUGAAGCCUGGGAUUUACAAGUUGAAGAAGAUUCUUACUGGGAUUGGGACAAGAGAGUUGUUGUGAAAAAUGGUGAUAUAGCCUCUAUCAAAGAUGUUGCAGAAGCUUCCAAAGAGGAAAUUUCAACUUCUAAUAUUAGAACUAAGAUGAAUCCCGAUGGCUCUAUUCACAAGCAUAAAGCCAAAUUGGUAGUGAAAGGAUAUGCUCAACAAGCCAGAAUUGAUUAUGGUGAUACUUUUGCACUAGUUGCUUGGCAUGAUAUAGUCAAAAUGUUGAAUGUUUUAUCUACUAAUUGUGGUUGGACAAUUUACCAUAUGGAUGUCAAAUCAGCUUUCUUGAAUGGCCAUUUGCAAGAAGACAUUUAUGUGCAACAACCUGAGGGUUUUAUUAUUUUUAGUCAUGAAGACAGGGUUUGUAAGCUUAAAAAGACUUUGUAUAGGCUCAAGCAAGCCCCUAGAUCCUGGUUCAUGCAUUCUCCUAGUCAAGCUCAUUUUGGUGCUACAAAAAAGGUGCUGAGAUAUCUCAAUGGCACCUCAAAUUAUUUAUGGUUUAAGAAGCAUAAACAUGGAAUUCUGCACUGUUUUUCUAAUAGUGAUUGGGCUGGAAGUCAUAAAGAUGCCAAGAGCACAACUGGUUUUGUGUUCUUUUUUGGUUCAAUGACUUGUUCUUGGAUGUCUAGAAAGCAAGAGGUUGUUGCUCAAUCAACUUCAGAAGCUGAGUAUAUUACUGCAACAGAAGCCGUAAAUCAUGCAGCAUGGAUUAAUAAGAUGCUAAUUGAUAUGGGAUGUUAUCAGCCCAAGCCUUGUGUUAUCCAGUAUGAUAACAAUUCUACUAUUUGUAUUGAUCAUAAUCCUAUCCAAUAUGGCCGUACUAAGCAUAUCAAUGUCAAAUUUCAUGUGCUUAGGAAUAUGGUGCAAAGUAAGGAAAGUGAGAUAGCUUACUGUGACAAUAAUGAACAGGUUGCUGAUAUAUUUACCAAGGCUUUAUCAAAGUUCAAGUUUGAAAAGUUCAUAAGCAAGCUUGGAGUUUCUAGUAAAAAUUCAAGAGGAGUGUUGAAGACUUGAAUUUUAACUAGAUACUUAGCAAAAUGGAACUAUAUUUUGCUUUAGUUGGAGUAAGUGAAUAUCACAUCAUUGUAAUCUUUUUUCUUUUUCUUUUUUAUGAUAUGUACAAGAUUUUUUGUGUAAGUUGUUCACCUACUAUCAAUGUACAAAAUAUAUAUACAAUAAAAGAAGAAGACUGAAGUAUGUAUGGUCUUCAUGUGCCCUCUUUAUGUUUAUUUUUUGGUUUUUCCUCUGUUUCUGCCCUCUACUUGAUUUUCACCUUAUGUUUCUUACUUUUGAACUCCAACAAUUUUGUCCUUCACCCUGAAGGAGAAUGGGGUGGUUUCCUUUACUUCUAGCGUACAGCAUCUUCCAUUGAAACAUCAACACUCUAACCAUUGUCAUAAGCUGAAAUUGGGCAGCAUCUUUUAUUCCGUACAUAGCUUUUGCAUCCAAUGAUUGGUAAAUCCAUCAUCACUAAUUGAUCAUCAAUCAAUCAGACAAUUACUU